AUGUCGCCUGCCAGUUCCAUUGUCAAGCAGCCAGUGCUAGCCGCACUAAAGCGAUUCACUACGUGUGGUAUCGGCGACGCGUUGGUGCGACUCAACGUGCGCCAUGGGGGCUACCUCAGCGGGCUGAAGAUGUUCUCCCCUACCGAAGGGGCUGGCACAUCAAAGAUCAUUGCGAAUGACAAGGUAUCUCCGUGGCCUUCCAAACAUUUCGCCGAUGCAAUACCGCCGCACAGUGUGGUGUUUGUGUCCCAACCGAAAGGCUACAUCAGCGCGUGCUGGGGCGGCCUCAUGAGCACGCGCGCGCAAGAAGCUGGUGCUGCAGGCAUACAUCGCGAACUAGCCUCCUUCAGCCAGGAAGGCGCGGAAGGCGAGACUGUGAAGAUAAACCUGGGCGAUAUCAUCAUGGGCGAUGCUGAUGGUGUGGUAGCAAUUCCACCGCAUUUAGCGGAAGAAUGCGUGAAGCUUUGUGUUUCGAGGUGGAACAUUGACGAAGCGACAAGACAGUGUAUAACAGAUGGCGAAGAUAUCGGACCAAACAUCAACAGGCUCCGUCAGUAG